AUGGGUAAUGUCAUAGGCAGCACACUUACAAUCAUUCUGAGUGUGCAAUUCAUGAUUGGAAAUGUAGGGAAUGGAUUCAUCGCACUGGUGAAUGGCAUCGACUGGGCAAAGAGAAGGAAGAUCUCCUCAGCUGAUCGAAUUCUCACUGCUUUGGCGAUCUCCAGAAUUGGUCAGCUCUGGUCAGUAUUCACAAAUUGGUGCCUUUCUGUGUUCAAUCCAAUUUUGUUCAUGAGUGAAAAAGUGUUCAGAAUGCUUAAUACCACCUGGGUUGUGACCAAUCACUUUAGCAUCUGGCUUGCUACCUGUCUCAGCAUCUUUUACUUCUUCAAGAUUGCCAACUUUUCUAACUCUGCUUUUCUCUACCUAAAGUGGAGAGUGAAAAAGGUGAUCUCAGUGGGACUGCUGGUGACUUUGGUCCCCUUGGCAUUUAAUGUUGCACUGACAACCACGCAUACUAAUGUCUUGUUCAGUGAAUGUAACAGAAACAUGACUUGCAGUUCCAGUUUUAGCAAUUUGCCACAGUUUGUUAGUCUUCUUUUAAUUAUCAACAGUAUGUUCACUUUCAUACCUUUUGCUGUGACACUGACAACCUUUCUCCUGCUCAUCUUCUCACUCUGGAAACACCUCAGGACAAUGCAACGUGAUGCCCAAGGACCUAGAGAUGCCAGCACCAAGGCCCACAUAACAGCCCUGCAGUCCGUGAUCACCUUCCUCCUGCUCUAUGCCAUUUUAUUUCUGUCUUAUUUUAUACCAGUUCUCAUCUCUUAUUCCGUGAAUGAAAAUCUGAUUCUCAUGAUUUCCCAGACUACUGCUAUUACUUUCCCUUCAGGCCACUCAUGUGUCCUGAUUCUGGGAAACAAUAAGCUGAGACAAGCGUUCCUCUCAGGACCUUGGGGGCUGAGGUGGAUGUUCAAAAGAAGGGACCCUUGGGACCAGCACAUUUUUCAAACUCUGGAGCCUCUUCAAGUGCUGACAGCUGAACCCACAUCAAUAAGGCUGCUACUCUCACAGUUCAUGAAUUCUGAUCCUGCCAAGGUCACCAGAAGAUUUGUCUUUGCUAAGAGCUGCAGUUUUGAUGAAAGCCUGGAGUGUUUCUAUCCAGACUGUAAUGGUACAGUGACACGGCAUCUGAGAAGCUCUUUUGAGGUGAGUGUUCUCUACCGGAAACCUGAGCUCUGA